AUGCCGCCCAAGCGAAAGGCGGUCGGCGCCACCCAGGCCGGCGUUGCCAAAGCUGGACGCACUUCGGCCUUGUCCACCCCCGGCCCCGCGACCCCCCGCAGCCUCGAGAGCUCGUUCCAGUCGGACGGCGAUGAUGAUCUGGACGAUGACGACGUCGACGAGACCAUCAAGAGGAAGGAGGAGGUGAUUGCCCGCGAGGCCGACGAGUUUGUCAAUACAUGGGCUGUCGAUAGUACCCGCUUCCAGAGCCGAGAGCAGGGCAACGGCAGUCAUCGUGACGGCGCCACCCAGUUCUUCGGCUCAGGGAAACGCGACUUUUCGUAUCUGAACUUGAAGCCCGACCACGACCAGAAGCCGCUGUGGAUCGACCCCGAGAAGGGCACCAUCAUCCUCGAGAAGUUCAGCCCGGACGCCGACCGCGUCACCGACUUCCUCGUCACCAUUGCCGAGCCCAAGUCGCGGCCGCACUUCCUGCAUGAGUAUCAGUUGACCGCACACAGUCUCUACGCGGGCGUCUCCAUUGGCCUGCAAUCAAAGGACAUUAUAGAUACCCUGGAUCGCUUCCUCAAGACCCCCCUGCCCGAGUCCAUUCGCCUCUUCAUUGAGUCGUGCACAAAGAGCUACGGCAAGGUGAAACUGGUUCUGAAUAACAACAAGUACUUUGUAGAAAGCUCGGAUGCCGACUUGUUGCAGAAGCUGCUCCGCGAUGAAGUAAUCGGAAAGUGGCGCGUCCAGGGCUCCGGUGACAUUACCACGUCCUAUGCGCCCACCAUGGGCGGCCUGGUCAUCCCCGGCACAAAAGACGCUGCCGGUGUGAACCAAACAGACCUCAACAAGAACAAGAAGGGUGCCGAGGACGGGGCCGCGGCCGCUACGGGGACUAACGAGGCCGACCUCUACGCAGCCAUCAAUGAGGAAGACGAUGAGGACGACAAGGACGCCGUCCAUGCCUUUGAGAUCCCCGAAACCGCCGUCGAGAUUGUCCAACGACGCUGUCUUGACCUAGGGUUCCCCAUCUUGGAAGAGUACGACUUCAGGAACGACUCCAAUAACGCGGAUCUGGAAAUCGAUUUGCGGCCAAACACGCAGAUUCGUCCAUACCAGGAGCAGAGUCUUAGCAAAAUGUUUGGUAACGGCAGAGCAAAGAGUGGCAUCAUUGUUCUGCCGUGCGGUGCAGGCAAGACCUUGGUCGGCAUCACGGCUGCCUGCACCAUCAAGAAGGGUGUCAUCGUCCUGUGUACAAGCAGUAUGUCCGUCGUGCAAUGGCGCCAGGAGUUCCUCAAGUGGUCCAACAUCAACCCCGACGAUAUUGCCGUCUUCACGGCUGAGAGCAAGAACAAGUUCUCGGGUAAUACCGGUAUUAUUGUUACGACAUACUCCAUGGUUACCAACAACCGAGAACGGUCUCACGACUCCAAGAAGAUGAUGGAUUUCCUCAAGAGUCGUGAAUGGGGUCUCAUGCUUCUUGAUGAGGUCCACGUCGUCCCUGCCGACGUUUUUAGAAGAGUUAUUUCAUCCAUCAAGUCGCACUCCAAGCUGGGUCUAACAGCCACCCUACUCAGAGAAGACGACAAGAUUUCCCACUUGAACUUCCUUAUCGGCCCCAAGCUGUACGAAGCCAACUGGAUGGAGCUGUCCGAAAAGGGUCACAUCGCCAAGGUCCAGUGCGCAGAGGUCUGGUGUCCCAUGCCCACCGAGUUCUACGACGAGUACCUUCGAGCCAACUCGCGCAUGAAGCGCACUCUUUACGCCAUGAACCCGCGUAAAUUUCAGGCCUGUCAGUAUCUGAUCAACUACCACGAAGCCCGCGGCGACAAGAUCAUCGUCUUCUCCGACGAGCUGUACUCGCUGAAGCAAUACGCCCUCAAGUUGAACAAGGUCUUCAUCUACGGCGGCACCGGCCAAGCCGAGCGCAUGCAAGUGCUCGAAAACUUCCAGCACAAUCCGCAAGUGAACACGCUCUUCCUGUCCAAGAUCGGCGACACCUCGCUCGACCUGCCCGAAGCCACCUGUCUCAUCCAGAUCUCCUCCCACUUCGGCUCCCGUCGUCAGGAAGCCCAGCGUCUAGGCCGUAUCCUCCGAGCCAAGCGUCGUAACGACGUCGGCUUCAACGCCUUCUUCUACUCGCUCGUAUCCAAAGACACCCAGGAGAUGUACUACUCGUCCAAGCGCCAGGCCUUCCUGGUCGACCAGGGCUACGCCUUCAAGGUGAUCACGCAGCUGGCCAACAUCGAGAACACGCCCGACCUGGCCUUCGCCACGCCGCAGGAGCGGCGCGAGCUGCUGCAGCGCACCCUGGUGGAUAACGAGAAGGGCACCGAGGACGACGUCGAGACGGACGAUUUGUUCGGUAAAGUCGGGCGUGGCCGCGGUGGUGCUAAGGGUAGAGCGGCGGCGGUCCGCAGGAUGGCUGGCACCCUGGGCGAGCUCAGCGGCGGUCAGGAUAUGGCGUACAUUGAGCAGAAUAAGGCGGCGAAUAGGGGGCUGAAGAAGAAGGGUGCUGCUAAGGCGGAGCAGAGCGCUUUCUUCAAGAAGUUGCAGAGGGAGAAGGAGAGGAGUCGGGCUUUGGCGAGACAGGGCUAG